UCGCGGCCCUCUCCCCUCCCCUUGGGGGCGGAAGAGGAAGCGGCGGCGGCGGCGGAAAAAUGGCGGAGGCCUCCCCACAGCCGGGACGCUUCUUCUGCCAUUGCUGCUCGGCCGAGAUCGCCCCGCGGCUGCCGGACUACAUUUGCCCAAGGUGUGAAUCUGGCUUCAUAGAAGAGCUUCCGGAGGAGUCUAGGAACAUUGAGAAUGGCUCCAGCUCUUCGGCGUCGACCAGCGACCAGAACCGGCAUCCGUUUGAGAAUGUGGACCAGCAGCUCUUCACCCUGCCCCAGGGCUACGGCCAGUUCACAGUCGGGAUCAUCGAUGAGAACUUUGAGUUCCCAGCAUUUGGGCCAAAUGCCCAGCCGGAGGACAACCGGGAUGCUGAGAACCGACGGGAGCGGGAGCACCAGUCCCGGCACCGCUAUGGGGCUCGCCAGCCUCGGGCACGCUUCACCACGCGGAGGGCCGCCGGCCGGCAUGAGGGCGUCCCCACGCUCGAAGGAAUCAUCCAGCAGCUGGUCAACGGGAUUAUCGCACCGACCACGAUACCAAACCUUGGGGUGGGGCCCUGGGGGGUCUUGCAUUCGAAUCCCAUGGACUACGCCUGGGGGGCCAACGGCUUGGACGCCAUUAUCACACAGCUCCUGAAUCAGUUUGAAAACACAGGUCCCCCUCCUGCUGACAAAGAGAAAAUCCAGGCACUCCCCACUAUCCAUAUAACAGAAGAACAUGUAGGUUCCGGGUUGGAGUGCCCUGUCUGCAAGGAGGACUAUGAAGCCGGGGAGAGCGUCCGGCAGCUCCCUUGCAACCACCUUUUCCAUGAUGGCUGCAUUGUCCCCUGGCUGGAGCAGCAUGACACGUGUCCCGUGUGCCGGAAAAGCCUCAGCGGACAGAACACCGCCACGAACCCGCCGGGACUUUCAGCCAUGAAUUUUGCCGCCGCCGCCUCCUCCUCCUCGUCCUCUUCCUCCUCAUCCUCCAGUUCACCGAGCAACGAAAACUCGGCCAACAACUCCUGAAGAAGCGGCACCACGGCGGAUCCGGGAGACGAGACCACGGCAUCGCUCUCGUCCCUUUUUGUUUUCUUUUCUUUCGUCGUUGUCUCCGGGUGCCGAAACGGCGGGCGGAAAGAUCUCCUCUGGAAACCCCUUUUUCCUCCCCACGUUCGGCAUCCUGUCUCGCCAUUUCUUUUGUCGGCGGUCAUUAAACACCAAAUGUUUCAUCCUAAAACGCUCAGAUGCCGAAGGGAGGAGUUUUAGGACUUUCUUUUAUUCCCCCCCCCCUCCCUAUUAUGACCAAUCGCUUCCCCUCCGUUUCUCUUGUUUUCUCGCGCCUCAGAAAUUGGGAAGGGUUUGUAAAUAAUGCUCUGCUCCCUUCCUUCCCGGUGGGUUUUCCACAUCGAUGGGGAAGCGGUAUUUCUGUUGUUUUGAAGCGACGCCCUGUCUCUCCCAUUGCAGCCUUCCUUGGUUUCGUCUCCUCUCUCUCAUUUAGCAUCGCCGUUCGACACGGAGGAAAACAAAAGGGGUUUUUAUAAUUUUAAAUUAUUAUUACCGCUGUUAAAUAAAUGGACAUUUCAGCUCAGAA